AUGGAGAUCAUCCUUUCAACGCUGGCCUUGUUUGCCUUAUUUGUACCCACUGAAUCUCAGGAGAGGUCCCGGGAUGUGCAACUUGAUCCACGUCCAUUUUGGCUGAUUGAUCAGAUGCGUCCAUCUACUUUAAAGGAUCAACUUGCGAUGUGUGCUGAAGACACGAAGCACUACGCCGUUUCGGAUUUCUCCAUUGGACACCGUGGAGCGUGCUUGCAGUUCCCUGAACACACGCUCGAGUCCUAUGCUGCGGCCUUGGAAAUGGGUGCUGGGAUUGUCGAAUGCGAUGUCACUUUCACCAAAGACCGGCAGCUCAUCUGCCGCCAUUCCCAGUGCGACUUGCACACUACCACCAAUGUGGUUACCAUCCCCGACCUCAACGCCAAAUGUACAACGCCAUGGUCGGCUGGUGUCUCGCCAAACUGCUGCGCAUCGGACUUUACGCUUGAUGAAAUCAAAACACUCUGUGCCAAGAUGGACUCCAGCGGCCCGUCCGAAGCCGCUACGGCUGAAGAGUACGCGUAUGGCGGCACUGCGGAUUGGCGUACCGAUUUGUACCAGCUCGAGUCCUGUCCCGAGGUCCCCACGCACAAGGAAAGCAUUGCUUUCAUCAAGGCCGGUAACGGGUACUUCACCCCCGAGCUGAAGUCUCCCAGCGUGGAGAUGCCAUACGAAGGCAACUACACUCAGGAGAUGUAUGCCCAGCAAAUGAUUGACGAGUACGUUGAGGCGGGCGUCCCCCCCGAACAAGUGUGGCCUCAGAGCUUUAGUCCGGACGACGUCUUUUACUGGAUUGACAAUACCGAGUUUGGUGCCCAGGCGGUUGCCCUGGAUGACCAGUACGACCUGAAUACUACGGACGUGGAAGCCUUCCUUGACUUGCUGGUUUCUCGCAACGUAAAAAUUGUCGCUCCACCAAUGCAACGUCUGGUCGAUCCCGCGCCGGACAGCGAGUACUUGAUGACUGCCUCCCAUUACGCCAAUGCUGCGAAGAACCGCAGUCUUGGGGUGAUUGCUUGGACUUUGGAGCGUUCUGGGCCUGGCCUUACUGGCUUUUACUGGGAAACGUUGGAGGAUCAGGUUGAGCUGAACGAAGGCGACCGCUAUAACUUACUGCAUGUACUGUUGAACGAGGUGGAAGUACUUGGUGUUUUCUCGGACUGGCCGGCGACGACGACUUUCUUUGCCAACUGUAUGGGCGCCACGUUGCGGUCGAGUCCCGUCAUGGCUGCAGCCAACGACGAUAGAGUUGGCGGAAUCGGCUCGGUACAAGUGGGGCCACGGCCGUACUGGCUUGUUGAGCAAAUGCGCCCAUCCGCAUUGAAAAAUGAACUCGUUGCUUGUGCGGAUAGAAGCAACGAGUUUCUUGUGUCUGACUUCUCCAUUGGACACCGUGGAGCGUGCUUGCAGUUCCCCGAACACACGCUCGAGUCCUAUGCUGCGGCCUUGGAAAUGGGUGCUGGGAUUGUCGAAUGCGAUGUCACUUUCACCAAAGACCGGCAGCUCAUCUGCCGCCAUUCCCAGUGCGACUUGCACACUACCACCAAUGUGGUUACCAUCCCCGACCUCAACGCCAAAUGUACAACGCCAUGGUCGGCUGGUGUCUCGCCAAACUGCUGCGCAUCGGACUUUACGCUUGAUGAAAUCAAAACACUCUGUGCCAAGAUGGACUCCAGUGGCCCGUCCGAAGCCGCUACGGCUGAAGAGUACGCGUAUGGCGGCACUGCGGAUUGGCGUACCGAUUUGUACCAGCUCGAGUCCUGUCCCGAGGUCCCCACGCACAAGGAAAGCAUUGCUUUCAUCAAGGCCGGUAACGGGUACUUCACCCCCGAGCUGAAGUCUCCCAGCGUGGAGAUGCCAUACGAAGGCAACUACACUCAGGAGAUGUAUGCCCAGCAAAUGAUUGACGAGUACGUUGAGGCGGGCGUCCCCCCCGAACAAGUGUGGCCUCAGAGCUUUAGUCCGGACGACGUCUUUUACUGGAUUGACAAUACCGAGUUUGGUGCCCAGGCGGUUGCCCUGGAUGACCAGUACGACCUGAAUACUACGGACGUGGAAGCCUUCCUUGACUUGCUGGUUUCUCGCAACGUAAAAAUUGUCGCUCCACCAAUGCAACGUCUGGUCGAUCCCGCGCCGGACAGCGAGUACUUGAUGACUGCCUCCCAUUACGCCAAUGCUGCGAAGAACCGCAGUCUUGGGGUGAUUGCUUGGACUUUGGAGCGUUCUGGGCCUGGCCUUACUGGCUUUUACUGGGAAACGUUGGAGGAUCAGGUUGAGCUGAACGAAGGCGACCGCUAUAACUUACUGCAUGUACUGUUGAACGAGGUGGAAGUACUUGGUGUUUUCUCGGACUGGCCGGCGACGACGACUUUCUUUGCCAACUGUAUGGGUGCAUCAUUGCGAACGGCCGAAGAAAUUGAUGUUGCCGUUGAAGGCAGUAACACGAGCGCCUCGGCACAGGUUGGCUCCAUUGUAGCCACCAUCACAAUCUCAGCGCUUGUCCAUUUGCUAAUUUUUACGUGA